AUGCUCUCCUCGCAAGCUGUGCUGUCCUCGCAAGCUGUGCUGUCCUUGCAAGCCAUGCUGUCCUCGCAAGCCGUGCUGUCCUUGCAAGCCAUGCUGUCCUCGGAAGCCGUGCUGUCCACGCAAGCCGUGCUGUCCACGCAAGCCUUGCUGUCCUCCCAAGCCGUGCUGUCCUCACAAGCUUUGCUGUCCUCACAAGCUUUGCUGUCCUCGCAAGCUUUCCUGUCCUCGCAAGUUGUGCUGUCCUCUCAAGUUGUGCUGUCCUCUCAGGUUGAGGUGUCCUCUCAGGUUGAGAUUUCCUCUCAAGUUGAGCUGUACACUCAAGUUGAGCUGCCCUCUCAAGUUGAGCUGCCCUCUCAAGUUGAGCUGCCCUCUGAAGCUGAGCUGAGCUCUCAAGUUGAGCUGUCCUCUGAAGUUGAGCUGUCCUCUCAAGUUGAGCUGUCCUCUCAAGUUGAGCUGUCCUCUCAAGUUGAGCUGUCCUCGCAAGCUGUGCUGUCCUCGCAAGCUGUCCUGUCCUCGCAAGUCGUGCUGUCCUCCCAAGCAGUGCUGUCCUCGCAACCUGUGCGGUCCUCGCAACCUGUGCUGUCCUCGCAAGCUGUGCUGUCCUCGCAAGCUGUCCUGUCCUCUCAAGCUGUGCUGUCCUGGCAACCUGUGCUGUCCUCGCUAGCUGUGCUGUCCUCGCAAGCUGUGCUGUCCUCACAAGCUGUGCUGUCCUCGCAAGCUGUACUGUCCUCCCAAGCUGUGCUGUCAUCGCAAGCCUUGCUGUCCUCGCAAGCCGUGCUGUCCUCGCCAGCCGUGCUGUCUUCGCAAGCUUUGCUAUCCUCGCAUGUUGUGCUUUCCUCUCAAGUAGUGCUGUCCUCUCAAGUUGGGCUGUCCUCUCAAGUUGAGCUGUCCUCUCAAGUUGAGCUGCCCUCUCAAGUUGAGCUGUCCUCUCAAGUUGUGCUGUCCUCUCAGGUUGUGCUGUCCUCUCAAGUUGAGCUGUCCUCUCAAGUUGAGCUGUCCUCUCAAGUUGAGCUGUCCUCUCAAGUUGAGCUGUACUCUCAAGUUGAGCUGUCCUCUCAAGUUGAGCUGUCCUCUCAAGUUGAGCUGUCCUCUCAAGUUGAGCUGUCCUCUCUAGUUGAGCUGUCCUCUCAAGUUGAGCUGUCCUCUCAAGUUGAGCUGUCCUAUCAUGUUGAGCUGACCUCUCUAGUUGAGCUGUCAUCUCUAGUUGAGCUGUCCUCUCAAGUUGAGCUGUCCUCUCAAGUUGAGCUGUCCUCUAAAGUUGAGCUGUCUUCUCUAGAUGAGCUGUCCUCUCUAGAUGAGCUGUCCUCUCAAGUUCAGUUGUCCUCUCAAGUUGAGCUGUCCUCUCAAGUUGAGCUGUCCUCUCAAGUUGAGCUGUCCUCUCAAGUUGAGCUGUCCUCGCAAGCUGUGCUGUCCUCGCAAGCUGUGCUGUCUUCGCAAGCUGUGCUGUCCUCGCAAGCCGUGCUGUCCUCGCAAGCCGUACUGUCCUCGCGAGAUGUGCUGUCCUCACAUACCGUGCUGUCCUCGCGAGCCGUGCUGUCCUCGCAAGCCGUGCUGUCCUCGCAAGCCGUGUUGUCCUCGCGAGGCGUGCUGCCCUCGCGAGCCGUGCUGUCCUCGCAAGCCGUGCUGUCCUCGCGAGCUUUGCUGUCCUCGCGAGCUUUGCUGUCCUCGCGAGCUUUGCUGUCCUCGCGACCUUUGCUGUCCUCGCAAGUUUUGCAGUCCUCGCAAGUUGUGCUGUCCUCUCAAGUUGAGCUGUUCUCUCAAGUUGAGCUGUCCUCUCAAGUUGAGCUGCCCUCUCAAGUUGAGCUGCCCUCUCAAGUUGAGCUGCCCUCUCAAGUUGAGCUGCCCUCUCAAGUUGAGCUGCCCUCUUAA